AUCUGCCAGUGUGUUUUCCGUUUUCCAUCUGCAGAAAUUCGAGAACCCUUGACCAGAGCGUUUGAUUGAGUGCAGGUGGGGCUGAAAAACCGUAAAAUUCGCUACACUUCCGCAUACAACUUGAACUCAGUAAAUCAAACAUGCAUCGCGCACGAUUAAUAGCCAGCGCUAUAACGGGGCCCCCAGGCCAGAAAGUCGGUUCUUGGCUAGUGAAAAAUUCCCCAGCUGCAUUCACCUGCAUCCAAAGCAGAACCUACAAUGUACCUGCAGCCUCUGAACCCUUCCUCAAUGGAAGCUCUGGCCAAUAUGUUGAGGAUAUGUACAACGCCUGGUUGGUAGACCCUUCUAGUGUACAUGCAUCAUGGGACGCCUUUUUCCGCAAUUCACAGGGCGGCGGUGCGGGUUACUCCGCUCCACCAAGCCUUGCCCAGCCCAGACGCAACGAAGUCCCAUUGGGGGCGCUGAUUCCAAGUCUUGGUGGUUCGAACGCCCUCGGGGGCGGCAUCAACGAAAAAGUGAUUGACGACCAUCUGGCCGUGCAAGCCAUUAUCCGAAGCUACCAGAUUCGUGGCCAUCACAUAGCAAACUUGGACCCAUUGGGCAUCAAUAGUGCAGAUCUGGAUGACCAGACGCCCCAAGAACUGAUUUACAAAAAUUACAAUUUCGAUAGUCCAUCCAGAACCUAUUCGGAAGAGCUACGCAGGCAGGUUCAGCAGUUUAUGCGACAUGAAACUGACAUGGAUCGAGUGUUUAAAUUGCCAUCAACAACGUUCAUCGGAGGCAAAGAAACAUCGCUGCCUCUCAGGGAGAUUUUGAGGCGUCUAGAGCUGUCGUAUUGCCGGCACAUCGGUGUAGAAUUUAUGUUCAUAAACAGUCUGGAACAGUGCAACUGGAUCAGGCAGCGCUUGGAAACUCCCGGCUGUAUGGAAUUGACCGCCGAUCAGAAGAGGCUGAUUCUGGCCCGUUUAACCAGAGCAACUGGAUUUGAGUCGUUCCUCUCGCGCAAAUGGUCCUCUGAGAAACGUUUCGGCUUGGAAGGGUGCGAAAUUCUCAUCCCGGCCAUGAAGACCGUCAUUGAUAAAUCCACAGAAUUGGGAGUGGAAAGUAUCGUAAUGGGGAUGCCACAUAGAGGACGUUUGAACGUACUUGCUAACGUCUGCAGAAAACCGCUCUAUCAGUUGUUCACUCAGUUUGCUGGAUUGGAGGCUGUGGACGAUGGGUCUGGUGAUGUCAAGUACCAUCUGGGAACCUACAUUGAAAGAUUGAACCGUGUAACGAAUAAAAAUAUCCGCCUGGCAGUGGUGGCCAAUCCGUCCCAUUUGGAAACCGUUGAUCCUGUGGUGGAAGGAAAGACCAGAGCCGAGCAGUUCUACCGAGGCGAUGGAGAGGGUAAAAAGGUCAUGUCCAUGUUGCUGCAUGGAGACGCAGCUUUUGCAGGUCAAGGUGUGGUGUUUGAAACCAUCGGCCUGUCCGAAUUGCCGGACUACACCACUCAUGGCACUGUGCACAUUGUGGUUAACAACCAAAUCGGGUUCACUACUGAUCCUCGCUAUUCGCGCUCGUCUCCCUAUUGCACAGAUGUUGCUCGCGUGGUCAACGCCCCAAUUUUCCACGUAAACGCCGACGAUCCAGAGUCAGUAAUCCAUGUGUGCAAUAUCGCUGCCGAGUGGAGAGCCACUUUCCACAAAGACGUCGUUAUCGACCUGGUUUGUUAUCGUCGGUACGGACACAAUGAGCUCGACGAGCCGAUGUUUACCCAACCGCUCAUGUACAGGAAGAUCCGAAGCACCAAACCCUGCCUGGAUAAAUACGCUGAGCACCUGACUGCUGAAGGUGUUGUUACUGAGAGUGAGGUGCAAGACGUUAAAGCGAAAUACGACAAGAUUUGCGAAGAGGCAUUGGACAGAGCCAGGAAAGAAACCCACAUUAAGUACAAGGACUGGAUUGAUAGUCCCUGGUCCGGGUUCUUUGAAGGCAAGGACCCAUUGAAGGUGGCUAAAACUGGAAUUGUUGAGGACACCCUGGUGCAUAUUGGCAAGCGGUUUUCGUCUCCACCGCCGAAUGCUGCCGAGUUCAUUAUUCAUAAGGGUAUCGAACGUAUUCUGCGGUCCCGACUGGAAAUGGUGGAAAACAGGGUCUGCGACUGGGCUCUGGGCGAAGCCAUGGCUUUCGGUUCGCUCCUCAAAGAGGGCAUCCAUGUGCGAUUAUCCGGACAGGACGUGGAAAGAGGCACAUUUUCCCACAGGCAUCACGUUUUGCAUCAUCAAACUGUCGAUAAGGCCACAUACAAACCACUCUGCAAUUUAUAUCCCGACCAGGCCCCUUACACUGUAUGUAACAGUUCUCUGUCUGAAUAUGGUGUUCUUGGAUUCGAAUUAGGCUACUCUAUGACCAAUCCCAAUGCGUUAGUCAUUUGGGAGGCUCAAUUCGGAGAUUUUGCCAACACUGCCCAAUGCAUCAUCGAUACGCUUUUGGCUAGCGGACAGUCCAAAUGGGUCAGGCAAACCGGUUUGGUCAUGUUGCUUCCUCAUGGCAUGGAAGGACAAGGACCCGAACAUUCAAGCGCCCGCUUGGAGCGAUUCCUGCAAAUGUCGUCCGACGAUCCGGACUAUUUCCCACCGGAAACUGAGGACUUUGCUGUGCGUCAACUGCACGACAUCAACUGGAUUAUCACCAACUGCACCACGCCAGCCAAUUUCUUCCACAUGAUGAGGAGACAGAUUGCUUUGCCUUUCAGAAAGCCCCUGAUUGUAAUGACACCCAAGAGUCUGCUCAGACAUCCGGAGGCCCGCAGUUCUUUCGACGACAUGGUUGAAGGCACAGAAUUCCAGAGAAUCAUCCCCGACGAAGGCAAAGCCUCUCAAAACCCUGGCAACGUAAAGAAGCUGAUCUUCUGCUCUGGAAAAGUCUACUUCGACCUGGUUAAGGCCACUAGGGAACAGGGACUUGACGACAAAAUCGCCAUCACUCGAGUCGAGCAGUUAACUCCUUUCCCAUUUGAUCUGAUCAAGAACGAAUGCGAAAAGUACUCGAACGCCCAAAUCGCUUGGGCCCAGGAAGAACACAAGAACCAAGGCGCCUGGACUUAUGUUAGGCCCAGAUUCGAAACUACAUUGGCCGGUCAACGAGAUGUUAUUCCGAGUAAAAAGGGUUGGUUCGUUAGGUUGUUUGGAAAAGAUGAUCCGAAACCCCACGAGACGAAACCUGACGAAAGAACAGUCAGUUACAUCGGUAGGGCCGUAGCGUCCAGUACUGCGACUGGAAGCAAAGCAGCCCAUCUGAAGGAACUGAAGAGUCUGCUCGACGAUACAACCAGAUUGUAAGGUAGUUUGGGUUAAACCAGCCUAGAAUAUUAACUUAAUUUAUUUAUUUGAGUCACUUUAAAUGAAAUAUUCACGUAUCGGUAAAUUGCAACAAGUAGCUAGAUUGGUCUAGUGAAUUGGUUAGUAGGCACAACGCCGCAAUAUAUGCAAAUCUUAGGAGUUUAUUAGUGAUUUUUUUCUGAAAACUGCACCAACUAUAGGAUAAUCAAAGUUAGGUAUAAUGAAUGUACAUAGCACAUUGUUAUAUAUUUUUUUGAUGAAUGUAUACUUAACGAGUGCAGAUGGAAGAAACAAAGGCCAAACUUUGAGAAAUUAUCUAGCCAUACAUUUUAAUGAUGAAGGUAUUAGGUAGUGUAAACGGCACGGUCGCGGUGUUACCCGCAAGUAUUUUAACGUUGGAUGUUAUUUAUUUAUUGUAUUUUUUCCUUCGCGAAACUGUGAAUUAUUAAAAAAACAUUUGUUGCAUUAC